GGAACAAGCUGCCUUCUGCCAUCCCUACUUUGCUAGGUAAUAUUCAAGGAGAAGAACUGUUGGGUGGUGAAUGUGAUGGAGGGAGCCCCCCAACUUCACAAGAAAGUAGUAAAGAUGACACAAAAGUUGGAUUAAAUGAAGAUCAAGCAAUGAUGCAAGAUUGUUACAGCAAAAUUGUGGAGAAACUCUCUGCUGCAAAUCCAACAAUGGUAUUGCAGGUUCAGAUGCUAGUGGCAGAGCUGCGCAGAGUUACAGUUCUUUGGGAUGAACUUUGGUUGGGAGUUUUACUGCAGCAGCACAUGUAUGUCCUCAGAAGGAUUCAACAACUGGAAGAUGAAGUCAAGAGGGUCCAAAACAACAACACUUUACGGAAAGAAGAGAAGAUAGCAAUCAUGCGUGAAAAGCACACAGCUCUAAUGAAGCCCAUUGUAUUUGCUUUGGAACAUGUACGGAGCAUCACGGCAGCUCCUGCAGAAACUCCUCAUGAGAAGUGGUUUCAGGAUAACUAUGGAGAUGCAAUUGAAAAUGCUCUAGAGAAACUUAAGAAUCCUUUGAAUCCUGCUAAGCCUGGCAGCAGCUGGCUCCCAUUUAAAGAGGUUAUGCUAAGUUUGCAGCAAAGAGCACAGAAACGGGCUAGUUACCUUUUACGGCUUGAAGAAAUCAGUCCUUGGUUGGCUGCCAUGAUGAACACUGAAAUAGCACUUCCUGGAGAAGUAUCUACGAGAGACACAGUCACAAUUCACAGUGUGGGCAGCACUAUCACAAUUCUGCCUACCAAAACCAAACCUAAAAAGCUGCUUUUCCUGGGUUCAGAUGGGAAGAACUAUCCCUACCUGUUCAAAGGUUUGGAAGACUUGCAUCUAGAUGAAAGAAUCAUGCAAUUUUUAUCAAUUGUGAACACAAUGUUUGCUACCAUUAACCGUCAAGAGACGCCGAGGUUCCACGCGAGGCACUACUCUGUGACACCUCUGGGAACGAGAUCAGGCUUGAUCCAGUGGGUGGAUGGAGCUACACCUUUGUUUGGUCUUUACAAGCGGUGGCAACAGCGAGAAGCUGCUUUACAAGCACAAAAGGCUCAGGAUUCUUACCAGACUCCUCAGAAUCCUGGAAUAGUACCUAGACCCAGUGAACUUUACUACAGUAAAAUUGGACCCGCUUUAAAGGCAGUUGGGCUUAGUCUUGAUGUGUCACGUCGUGACUGGCCCUUGAAUGUCAUGAGGGCUGUUCUGGAAGAACUGAUGGAAGCAACUCCCCCAAAUCUCCUAGCCAAGGAGCUCUGGUCAUCAUGUACUACACCAGAUGAAUGGUGGAGAGUUACACAGUCGUAUGCAAGAUCCACUGCAGUUAUGUCCAUGGUUGGCUACAUCAUUGGUCUUGGAGACAGACAUCUGGAUAAUGUUCUUAUAGAUAUGACUACAGGAGAAGUUGUCCACAUAGAUUAUAAUGUUUGCUUUGAAAAAGGGAAAAGCCUUAGGGUACCAGAGAAGGUUCCGUUCCGGAUGACGCACAAUAUUGAAACAGCACUUGGAGUGACAGGAGUAGAAGGGGUUUUUAGGCUUUCUUGUGAACAGGUCCUUCAUAUUAUGCGGCGUGGGAGAGAGACUUUGCUUACAUUGCUUGAAGCUUUUGUGUAUGAUCCUCUGGUGGACUGGACAGCAGGAGGCGAAGCAGGAUUUGCUGGAGCUGUCUAUGGUGGUGGUGGCCAGCAGGCUGAAAACAAACAAAGCAAGAGAGAAAUGGAAAGAGAUAUUACACGUAGUCUCUUUUCUUCAAGAGUGGCUGAGAUAAAGGUUAACUGGUUUAAGAACAGAGACGAAAUGCUUGCUGUGCUGCCAAAAUUGGACAGUAGUUUAGAAGAGUAUCUGAACCUGCAAGAGCAGUUGACAGAUGUAGAAAAGCUGCAAGGAAAACUACUGGAGGAGAUAGAAUUUCUGGAAGGUGCAGAAGGAGCGGAUCACCCCUCCCACACGCUUCAGCACAGGUAUUCUGAGCACACACAGUUGCAGUCUCAACAAAGAGCUGUCCAAGAAGCGAUCCAGGUGAAGCUGAAUGAGUUUGAGCAGUGGAUAACACAUUACCAAACUGCUUUCAGUAAUUUAGAGGCAACGCAGCUUGCAAGUCUUCUUCAAGAAAUUAGCACACAAAUGGACCUAGGUCCUCCAAGUUACGUACCAGCAACAGCAUUUCUGCAAAAUGCAGGCCAGGCACAUUUAAUCAGUCAGUGUGAACAACUGGAAGGAGAAGUUGGUGCUCUUCUCCAGCAGAGGAGAUCUGUUUUACGUGGUUGUCUGGAACAGUUGCACAACUAUGCAACAGUAGCUCUUCAGUAUCCAAAAGCUGUGUUUCAGAAGCACCGAAUAGAGCAAUGGAAAACCUGGAUGGAAGAACUCAUCUGUAACAUGACGAUAGAGCGUUGUCAGGAUAUCUUUAGGAAGUAUGAAAUGCAAUAUGCUCCUCAACCACCUCCAAGUAUGUGUCAGUUUAUAACAGCUACAGAAAUGACCCUACAGCGCUAUGCAGCAGAUAUAAAUAACAGACUUAUCAGGCAGGUGGAGCGUUUGAAACAGGAGGCAGUUACUGUACCUGUUUGUGAAGAGCAGCUGAAAGAAAUUGAACGUUGCAUAAAAGUUUUCCUUCAUGAAAAUGGAGAGGAAGGCUCACUGAGCUUAGCGAGCGUUAUCAUCUCUGCUCUUUGUACACUGACGAGGCGAAACCUGAUGAUGGAGGGUGCAGCAUCUAGUGCUGGAGAGCAACUGGUUGAUUUGACUUCGAGAGAUGGAGCCUGGUUCCUGGAGGAGCUUUGCAGCAUGAGUGGGAAUGUUACAUGCCUAGUGCAGUUGCUGAAGCAGUGUCAUCUUGUACCCCAGGACUUAGAUAUUCCUAAUCCAAUUGAAGCAUCAGAAGCUGUUCAUUUAGCUAACGGAGUAUAUAUCUCACUUCAGGAAUUGAACUCAAACUUCCGACAGAUCAUUUUUCCUGAAGCGCUUAGGUGCUUAAUGAAAGGAGAGUAUACUUUAGAAAGUAUGCUCCAUGAAUUGGAUAAUCUUAUUGAACAAACAACUGAUGGAGUCCCUUUGCAAACAUUGGUUGAAUCUCUUCAAGCCUACUUACGAAAUGCAGCUAUGGGACUAGAGGAAGAAACACAUACUCAUUACAUUGAUGUUGCAAGAGUACUUCAUGCUCAGUAUGGUGAGCUGAUUCAGCCAAGAAAUGGUUCAGUUGAUGAAACUCCCAAAAUGUCAGCUGGUCAGAUGCUUUUGGUAGCCUUUGAUGGAAUGUUCGCUCAAGUGGAAACUGCAUUUGGUUUAUUGAUUGAAAAGCUAAACAAGAUGGAAAUACCUGUUGCUUGGCGUAAGAUUGACAUAAUUAGGGAAGCCCGCAGCACCCAAGUUAACUUCUUUGAUGACGACAAUAAUCGGCAAGUUCUAGAGGAAAUUUUCUUUCUGAAGAGGCUGCAAACAAUUAAAGAAUUUUUCAGACUCUGUGGUACCUUUUCUAAAACAUUGUCAGGAAUCAGUUCACUUGAAGACCAGAAUGCAGUAAAUGGACCUGUUCAGAUUGUCAAUGUGAAAGCCCUUUACAGAAACUCUUGUUUUAGUGAAGACCAAAUGGCCAAACCAAUCAAGGCCUUUACAGCUGACUUUGUGCGACAGCUUCUAAUAGGCCUUCCAAAUCAAGCUUUGGGACUGACGUUGUGUAGUUUCAUCAGUGCUUUGGGUGUUGAUAUUAUUGCUCAGGUAGAGGCUAAAGACUUUGGAGCAGAAAGCAAAGUUUCUGUGGAUGACCUGUGCAAGAAAGCUGUGGAGCAUAAUAUCCAAAUUGGCAAGUUCUCGCAGUUGGUCAUGAACAGGGCAACAGUGUUAGCUAGUUCAUACGAUACAGCAUGGAAGAAGCACGACCUAGUGCGCAGACUUGAAACCAGUAUUUCAUCUUGCAAGACCAGUCUUCAGAGAGUGCAGUUGCAUAUUGCCAUGUUCCAGUGGCAGCAUGAAGAUCUCCUUAUCAGUCGCCCACAAGCUAUUUCUGUUACUCCUCCACCUCGUUCUGCAAUUUUAGCCAACAUGAAGAAAAAACUUCAUACGCUCAGUCAGAUUGAAGCUUCAAUCGCAACAGUUCAGGAGAAACUAGCAGCACUUGAAGCAAGUAUUGAGCAGCGUUUAAAAUGGGCAGGAGGUGCUAAUCCUGCACUAGCACCAGUCUUGCAAGAUUUUGAUGCCACUAUUGCUGAAAGAAGAAACCUUGUACUGAAAGAAAGUCAAAGAGCCAGUCAGGUCACUUUCCUCUGCAGUAAUAUCAUUCAUUUUGAAAGUUUACGUACUAGAACAGCAGAAGCCUUAAAUCUUGAUGCUGCAUUAUUUGAACUUCUCAAACGCUGUCAACAAAUGUGCUCAUUUGCAUCGCAGUUCAACAGUUCAGUCUCUGAACUGGAGCUUCGCCUGCUUCAGAGAGUGGGCACUGGUCUUGAACAUCCUAUUGGCAGCUCUGAAUGGCUUCACUCAGCUCACAAGCAGUUGACCCAGGAAAUAUCUACACAGAGAACAGUACAAGCAGAAAGAGAUCAGCAACUAGAAACAGUUUGUGAAACAAUUCAGAAUCUUGUGGAUAGUAUUAAAACUGUGCUCACAGGUCAUAACAGGCAACUUGGAGAUGUCAAACAUCUACUGAAAGCUAUGGCAAAGGAUGAAGAAGCAGCUUUGGCAGAUGGUGAAGAUGUUCCCUAUGAGAAUAGUGUUAGGCAGUUCUUGGGUGAAUAUAAAUCAUGGCAAGAUAAUAUUCAGACAGUUUUGUUUACGUUAGUUCAGGUUAUGGGUCAAGUCCGCAGCCAGGAACAUGUUGAAAUGCUGCAGGAAAUAACUCCCACUUUGAAAGAACUAAAAACACAGAGCCAAAGUGUCUACAAUAAUCUAGUGGGUUUUGCAUCACCCUUGGUCACGGAUACAGCAAAUGAAUGCUCAAGCCCAACAUCAGCUGCUACAUAUCAGCCAACGUUUGCUGCAGCUGUACGUAGCAAUACAGGGCAGAAAACUCAGCCAGAGGUGAUGUCGCAGAAUGCAAGAAAGCUAAUUCAGAAAAAUCUUGCCACAUCAGCAGAUACUCCUCCAAGCACAGUCCCAGGAACUGGCAAAAGUGUUGUCUGUAGUCCCAAAAAGACAGCCAGGGACCCUAAAACAGGAAAAGCCGUGCAGGAAAGGAAUUCAUAUGCAGUUAGCGUGUGGAAGCGGGUCAAAGCCAAGUUAGAGGGCAGAGAUGUGGAUCCCAACAGGAGAAUGUCUGUUGCUGAACAGGUUGACUUUGUGAUUAAGGAAGCAACUAAUCUAGAUAACUUGGCUCAGCUGUAUGAAGGUUGGACUGCCUGGGUAUGAGUAGGGAGAAAGCAGAUCAGUCUGGUUCAGUGAGGUCAGACAUCCACCAGAAUCAACUCGGCCUCAGGCAUCCAUAGCCGCACCACAGUCGGUGAUGAUGCAUACUGGGGCUUAAUCUGAGGAAACCUAGGAAAUCUCGGUGCACUGGGAAGUGAAUCCUGCAGGAUAGCACUCAGGGAUACGCUAAACACAAUGGUCUGCAACCCCCACGGUCAAGGGUGAAAGCUCACCGCUUGGACAACACGGUUUGUCUUUCUGCUAUGGAAGAACUGCAAACGUGUCCGGGGGUUAGCUGCAGAAAGAAAUCGGGAUGCUACAAACCGCAGAGUGAUUUGGAACUCAAUUCCACCUGACCCUGUGAACAAUUCAGGAAACACCGAACCCUGUUCAAAGAAAAACAGAAAAAAUGGGGCCGUGAAGAAAUCACAGCAAGGGAAGAUUUGAUGCAUUCAGAUUCUUGUUACUCUUGUUGCGUGGCAACAGUGCUGGUUGAGUUGACCAGUUAGUACGGAAAAAGGCUACAAAAUGUGAACUUCAGAAAUGGACUGAAACCGAAGAGCUGUACAUCAGAUAUACGCUGCAUUGGAAGAACUUCUGAGAUAGAAGAAAAAGCCUUUGUUAUCUCCUCCCUUUCCUCUUUCCUUUCUCUCCUCCCUCCCAGCCUCUCCUUGCAUACACCCCUCUUGGCUUAUUCUUGUAGGUUAGGCGUACUUCCAAUAUACUUUUUGUUUCAAUCCUUUUACUUCACAGUUUAGUCAAAUUAACAACUUAAAUUUUGUUUGGUAAACAAAUUUUCCAAAAGCACUGAAAAUAUAGAACAUCAAUGAUUACUUAUGAGUUGGAAGGUCAAACACAAAGUGUAAUUUUGGUUAUUUUAAAGUCAUUUCUGUGAUUCUAUUAUGUACAGUUUCUCAAAAUUGUCACUGUGCAUUUAAAAGUAAUGAAUCCUACAGACAUUUGAUUUAAUGUGCACUUCCCUCUGCUUGCAGUGUACACUUUUUUGUAAUUCAAAUUGUCCCUCCAAUCUCAUUCUACUGUGAUUGCUGUAGUUUCUUUCGUACAACGUAGCUAAUCCAAUGUAAUCUUUACCUUUUUAAAAACCAGGAUAGAGUAUCUAGUAGAGUUUUACAUUGUUGAUGACAGAUAAACAAUAAAGUGAUGUUCUGGUGGA